UCUCUCUCUCUCUCUUUCUCUGGCAGCACUCAGCUUUUUUGGCAGGAGUGACCAGAAUAAAAACAGCAACACCAGACACAGAAGAGAAAAAAGUGCAAUGAUCCAUCGAACCAAAGGCUUUGCCCUUUCUUAAUUACGUCGUGUCCAGUAUCAUUUUCUUUUUUCCUCCCCUCUUCAUUUUUUUCAGACAUUUUUGAAGUGGUAAUUAGCUCUUGGAGAAUAAAACCAGCUGAUUCGGGGAGGGCCAGUGCAUUUUGGAGCGAGAUGGCUAACAGGAGGGCUGCGUUGCUCCUUCUCGGAUUCUUCCUCACCAUACAGCUGAGUCCUUCGCUACAAGGAGGGGUGUAUGUGCCACAGGGUUCAGCUGGAGGAGGACCAGGAGGUGCUGGAUUGCUACCAGGUGCUGGACUUUACCCAGGUGCUGGGACGUCCCCAUACAAAGCAGCAAAAGCAGCAGCAGGAGGAUAUGGAGGAGCUGCUGGCACUGGUGCUCAAGCAGGAGCUUUAGGGGCUGGAGGUUACGGAGCUGGUGGUUAUGGGGGUUAUGGCGCAUAUGGUGGUGCUGGAAGAUUCUACCCAGUGGCUGGAGGUCUGAAACCGGCUAAAUCAGGCACUGGGCUACCAGGAGGAGGUCUACCUGGUGGAGGUCUUCCUGGAGGAGGUCUACCUGGAGGUGCUGGUGUAAAGCCCCCUAAAGGACCAGGUGUAGGAGGAACUGGUACUGGUCUCCCAGGCCUUGGCAUUCCUCAGACCGGUGUACAAGGACUUGGCCCUGGUGGAGUUGGACCUGGAGGGAAAGCAGCAAAACCUGGAAAAGCUCCAGUACCGGGAGUGGGAGUGCCUGGUCCGUAUCAAGGAGGACUUGUUCCUGGACAAGGCUUCAAUGGACGGGGUGUUCUUCCUGGUGUAGCCACAGGAAAUGGACUCAAGCCUAAAUCAGCUGCUGGUGGAGCUGGACAGGGUCUGGUACCAGGUGCUGGUGGCCGUGGAUAUGGUGGGCCAUUGCAACAAGGAGUUUUUCAUGGAUACCCUCUGAAAUCUCCCAAAGCCCCAGGUGCUGGGUUGCCCUACACUGGUGGUAAACUUCCAUACGGUUAUGGUGGCUUUGGCGGAGGUGCUGGACUCCCCGGUGGGAAAGUAGCUGGCUCCAAGCCGGGUUAUCCAACAGGGACUGGUGUGGGGUCUUUAGGAGUCUCUGCUGCGCAGGCCAAAGCUGCUAAAUAUGGUACUGGAGCUGGUUUAGGUGGGGCUGGAGCUUAUCCAGGUGGUGCAGGUGGACUUUACCCUGGGGCAGGAGGUAUUGGAGCAGGUUUAGGUGGGGUUGGAGCUUUGCCAGGUGGUGCUGGUGGACUUUCGCCAGGGGCAGGAGCAGGUACAGGUGUUCUUACACCAGCUCAAGCUAAAGCAGCUAAAUAUGGUGCUGGUCCUGGUGUUACUGGUAUUGGUGGUGUACCAGGUAGACUCUUUCCCGGGGUAGGAGGUACUGGUGCACUCUCCCCUGCUCAGGCAAAAGCUGCUAAAUAUGGUGCAGGAGCCGUUCCUGGUGGUGCUGGGAUUGUGCCAGGAGCCGGAGGGGUCUACCCUGGAACAGGAGGUCUGACACCCGCUCAAGCCAAAGCAGCUAAAUACGGUUUGGGUGGGGCAGGUGGAGCUGGUGCUGGGCCUGGUUUUGGAGGACUGUACCCUGGAGUAGGAGUUGGUGGAGUAGUGGGGGGAGCUGGAGGAAUUCCUGGAGCAGUACCAGGGGCUGGAGUGUAUCCAGGUGGAGUGAAGCCUCCUAAAUAUGGAGGAGCAGGAGGGGCUGGUGUCGUCCCAGGCUACGGUUCUGUUGCUGGGAUCGGAGGACUUCCUGGAUCUGUGCCUGGGGCUGGAGGGCUAGGUGCUGGUGCCAAACCUCCUAAAUAUGGAGUACCUGGAGGAACAGGUUUUGGAGUCCCCGGAGGAGUCCCCGGAGGAGUACCAGGAGGAGUACCAGGAGGAGUACCAAUAACUGGAGCUGGAGGAUACCCUGCUGGUGCCAAGGCUCUUAAAUAUGGUUUGGGUGGUGCAGGAGGGACUGGAGUUGUGCCUGGACAGAGACCAGGUUUGGGUGGAGCUGGUGGAGUACUAGGUGGAGUUGGAACAGGAACUGGAUAUCCCAUUGGAGGGUAUGGAACCGGGGCAAAACCACCUAAAUACGGUGUUCCGGGUGGAGUACCUGGUGGUGUACCUGGUGGAGUACCUGGUGGUGUACCUGGUGGAGUACCUGGUGGUGUACCUGGCGGAGUACCUGGAGGGUACCCAGCAGGAGUUAAACCUCCAAAAUAUGGAGUUGCAGGAGGUGCAGGAACACCACUGACUGGGACAGGAUUGACACCAGGAGCCGGGGUUGGAGGAUAUCCUAGUGGAGUCAAACCUCCUAAAACUGGCGCAGGGAUCACUGGAACUGAUAUAGCAGGUCCUGGUGCUACACCUGGUGGUGAUGUGGUGGUCGUACCAGGUGGUACUGGGGUGCCCGUUGCUCCAAGUGGAAAACCAGCAAAGCUUCCAAUCCUGACUCCUGGAGGGACUGCUGUACCAGGACCGACGGCUAUUGUAGCAACUGGCAAGGCCCCUGAGCCCAGUGGUGGGCAAAGAGUGCCUAGUGCUGGUCUUGCUAAACCUGGAGCUGGUCCUGGUGGGGUUUACCCCUAUGGCUAUGGCCCAUAUUAUGGAGGCACUGGACCAUCUGGAAUCGGAACUGGUGUGUUACCUGGAGCCAAGCCUCUGAAAGCCCCUGGUGUUGGAGGAGCAGGCACUGCUGCCGGUGUAGGUGGAGUUGGAGGGGCAGGAGGUGUUCCUGCACUCAUACCUGGAGCAGGUGGAGGGUUUCCAGCAGGUGUUGGAUUGGGAGCUGGUGCUAAACCACCUAAACCAGGCUACGGCUCUUUGGGUACAGGAUAUGCACAGCCAGGUGGUGCAGUUCCAGGAGGAUAUGGAGGAUAUCCACAAGCAUAUCCAGGAGGAUAUGGAGCAGGACUUUCACCACAACAAGCCAAAGCAGCCAAAUACGGAGGUGGACUGACGGGAUUCCUGGGAGGAGGUUAUCGAGGUGGAGCGGGCUGCCAAGGAAAAUACUGCGGGAGGAGAAGAAAGUAAACGAUCUCUUGAGAUGUGAAGUGACCUCAAGAAACAUGGUGCUACUGCAUGCUCUAGAAUGUACUUUUGAUACUCAAACAAACAAUCCCAUCAUGCACAAGUGUUAUGUUUUGUACUGAUAGUAAAUAUUUGUAACAAAUCCAAAUCCAGAUCCAUGAAACGUUUAGUGUUUUGUGGCAUUAAUUCAAUCCUGAUUGUUUAUGGCACAUUCCAUCAUGUUACUGUUUCCUGUUGUAGGGUUGCAUAUAUAACCGGGUUCAUGCCAAUGCUGCCAAUGCUGUUGUGUAGCUGUAAACGUUUUAAGCACCGACCUCUUAGUUUUGGAGUUCUGAGACCACCCGAAGCUCUUUCGUUCAGUUGCAGUCAUGAUCUAGCUCUCUAGACUCUUAAAAUAAUGGCAUUUCUUGCCAACGUACAGUACUUAGUAUCUCGCCUGCCAUUUGGAGUAAGUGAAAGCAUUGAGCUCCAGGAGUCCUGUCAUACUGCUGAUUAAACUCUGGGUUGAAAUACUUCACAUCUGGCUGUGCUUCAGCUUAGCAGUUUGCUUGUUAUUUUUGACCCUUCACCAGCUUUCUGUGCAGAUGAUUACAACUACAGUCCUUUAUGGGUGAAUCCCUUCCAAAAAAGAAAUAAUGCUUCGCAUAAAUUUUAGGAGCAUAUGACAAUUGAGCACAUUUUCCAACAAGAUUCUUAUUACAGUAAUGCGUUCAGAGCUUUUACUUUUGAGGGGUUGCUUUGUAAUUAUUUGUAAUCAUUAAUUAUGCUCAAUGGUAAUAUUAUAUUCUCAUUACUGUAAUACAAACAUUUUUAUUUAAUGCGACAUGUUCUUGACACGUUUUGUGAGAUUCUCCCCCUCUGGAUGAUUUAGGCUUUCAGGAAGCAUUAGUGAGUGUCUUUUGAUUUGAGACACCAUGCGUUUUUAUAAGUAGGCCUUAAUGUGCGCGCAAAUGCAUAUUACAGGCUUUAAAUACAUAUUAUGCUAAGAGAGCUUUGUGGAUGGCUGAACGAACGUCAAAUAAGAGCGUGCGGCUCGAUUGCAACAUUCAUUCCUGCACACUGUGUGAAGUAUGAAGAGCUUUGCUCUGAUUAUGCUAAGAACAAGCAGAAGUGAACGGCGGCUUGUGUCUAAUAUCAGUCACCUUGUGGAAAUCUAUUUUGGUAUCUGUCCGGUGAAGGGAACAAACUGAAAGUAAACGUGUAAAAUAGUAAUCAUAAUUCUGACUUGUACAUUAUGUAUGUUUAAACCUGGAAGAUUAACAGAUGUGCUUAUGUUUUUCCCUGGACCCGGGGACUACAGGUGCUUCCAUCAUUUGACCGAGAAUGUGUUUCUUUAAUCAUUGUGUAUUCACAUAGAAUUAGUUUAUAUACAUAUAAAAUAUACAUAUAAAUCAUAUGCUUACAGUAGGUUGGAUCAUUAUCAACAGGUUACUUUGUCUUAUGUUGUUUGUUUUGCACCAGUUGAACUUGACAUGUUGACCAAUUAUCAAGUUUGUACACAUCAUAUGACAAUAACUUUUUUUUUUUUUUUGCUUUAAAUAGCUUAUGCAUUGUAGUCACUGUGGAACUUGCAAAACUGUGUGUGAUAUUUUAAGAUGUGAGUGUCUGUGUGUGUGUAGGUUAUGUAUGUAAAUCCCCCCAAAGAGUGUGUGUGUGUGUGUGUCCGUCCCAAAAGCCUCACUAGCCAAUGUAUUAUCAAACAUAUAAUGUGUCAAUUUUUGCUAUAUUUGGUUGAUACUGUUUUUCAAUCCAUCUGGACAGACACUUUAUCAUGUAUUAAUAUACCUGGUGCUGUAUUUGACCUGCCUGUGAGCCCUACCAGGUCUUCUCUAUUUGUGCCGUAGGAUUUCCAUCUUAUUUAAAUAAAGGGGCGGGGCUAUUGCACUUUUUCCACAACCUAUAUUCUGACUAGUUCCCGGAAAUCCCGGCAUUUUACCUGCUCUAGUGAAAAAUGAAAUAAAAUAUUUUAAAUAAAUAAAAAA